AUGGCAUCCAAGGCAAAGCAGGCAGAGGCGAAGGUCGCUAUCAUCAAGGGCAAGGAGGCGGAGGACAUGAUUCUCGACUAUAUACGAAAGAUGAACCGUCCAUUCGGAGCCGUUGACGUCUCUGCAAACCUCAAGGGCGCAGUGCCGAAGGCUGCGACCCAGAAGAUCAUGGUCGCUCUUGCAGAGAAGGGCGACCUCGUCCAGAAGACAUAUGGCAAAACGACGUUCUUCGUCGUAAAUCAAGCAAAUCUUGAAGACAUGCCCUCCGAAAAGCUCGCCGCGCUCGAAGCCGAGGUAAAGCGGAUCGACGAGGAGAACAAGUCGCUUGGCGCGGAGGUCAAGUCUACUGGAGCGCAGCUGGCAAGGCUGAAGAGCACGCCUACAGAUAAGGAGCUUGCGGUGGAAGUCACAAAGGCUGCGGACGCGGUCCAGAAGGCGCGCGGCCACCUCGACCCUCUGCGGGCGGGCACGCCGCUCAUCUCGCAAGAGGAGUCCGCGCAGCUGGACGCAGAUUGGACGCGGUGGAGGAACGAAUGGGUACGAAGGCGGAAGAUAUUCAACACCUUCUGGUCCCUUGCGACAGACGCGCUCACGCCACAGCAGGCGACGGAGCUCGGGGAGGACCUGGGGAUCGAGUUCGACACGCCCGAGCACGGCACGCUGGAACGGGGAGUGUUGUGCGCGGCGGGGAGUGUGUUGGGGAAGAGACGGCGGUGA